AUGUCUUACCAUGGUUGUACCCAUGAUCGUGGUCCAGUUUACAGUAGUUUGCAGUCGUUUGGUUGCUGUCCCCAUAGAAAUUUGAGACACAUCUUGACCGCUAAUUCAUUUCAAGUAAACCAUCGUGUAAGUCCGGUUACAGUGGGAUAUCUCGUACAGAUAACUAUUGUGAACCUGACAUUAAGAAACCUGGCUACCCUCGAAAGCUGUUUCUAUAUUGUUUUGACCCUCGACAACAAUGUAAAUACCCAGAUGAUUAUCUCGGAUACAGUUUGCAAACGUUGCUUGAUGUGGAUACUUUGA